ACUUUGCCAUUUCUUUUCUUUCCUUUAUUAUCUCUUUUAACUUAGUUACUCAGAAUCAUCGCACCACAUUUGCUUAUUAACGCAAUACUAACUUUUGUUGAAAGGCUAUUUAAAGUUCUGCAGUUUUUCUCGUCAUCAUCAUCAAGACCUGAUAAGAGGACAAGCGAUGCCAACAAAGACUGACAUUCGACAUGAAGGUCUCAAUGUGAAAUCGUUUUUAUUCCAAAGAGUUCAAGAAACACUGACAUUCUUAUACAAGUAUGUCCAAUGGAUUAUAUUAUGGAAACCAAGAAUACCUACUGUCACUAGUACUGCUACUAUUGCGAUACGAGCCAAAGCAUCACCGCCCGCAUCUUUUGAAACGACCAAAGCCAGGAAUUUAAACAGUUCACCCCAUACCAAUGCUUUACAAUACUACAAAGGAAAGACAAUAGUGCUCGAUUUAGACGAAACACUUGUCCAUUCUGUUCGAUUGGGAACUAUGUCAUCCGAUACGAUGAGGAGUGCGACGAGUGCUUCUAUCAAAAAGAAGGUCAUCGAAGUGCUGAAUGAUAAACAAAGUGUCCUUUAUGAAGUUUAUAAACGACCUCAUGUCGAUUUUUUCUUAUCCACUGUCAGUCAAUGGUACAGAGUUGUGAUCUUCACGGCUUCCAUGGCAGAAUAUGCCGAUCCUGUCAUUGAUUGGCUGGAUCAAGAUCAGCAUUAUAUCUCUCAGAGAUAUUUUAGACAGUCGUGUUUAUUGAAAGAUGGAAACUUUUUGAAGAAUAUUUCCUUGGCUGAACCGGAUUCGUCAAAAGUAUGCUUAGUGGAUAACAGCAUAGCUGCUUUCGAGUUAUGCCAAGAAAAUGCAAUUCCUUUACCUACGUGGAUAUCCAAUCCAGAAGACGAAUGCUUGUUGGAUUUAUUACCCUUAUUAGAUGCUCUACGGUUUACAGCCGAUGUACGGAGUAUUUUGAGCUUACGGAAUGCUUCUUCAUUUAUGAAUAUCUGAGCUCUGCUCUCAUUCACCCACUUUAUUUAUUCAAAAUUGAUUAAUAUCUACAUUAUCGUAGAAUGACUGACUGAUCUAUCUAUCACAAAGCGUUCAUGCUAACUAAUGUGAUGCAUAGCGUAGAAGUGCUCUUUUCUUUGAUUUUAUCCCCAAUA